UUCUACUUUUCUUUCCCCUCUUAUUACCCUUUUUUAUGUUUUUUAUCUUCCUUGCUCUUCCCUGGGGUUUUUGUGGGAGACAGAACACACAGUAGAAACAGGCAACUUUCUCUCUCUCUCUCUCUCUCUGGCGAUAGCGAUGGCGAUUGUUAGCAGCUUAAGCCCAUCGCCGACCUCCUCCUGAUUCCCGCUAUUCGCCUCCAAGUCAUCUAUCUUUCGACUCCUAUCGGCUUACACAGGUGGGGAAGUCUAUAUUGUUGAACCAGGGAGAUAAAAUCUUACCAGAAUAUGAUUAAGCACCAUGAUGCCUGCUGGAUAUAGGAAGGUGUAGGGCUGCAAGCGACUCGGGUUGGGUCAAGGAUAGGCAAAACCUAAAUCCAAUCCAUAUUUGGAUUGGGCUAAAAGGCUGAACUCAACCUAAUCCAAUUUCAUUCAGCUUGGACUGGAUCGGAAUUUUAUCAUUCUAUCGGCUUUUUUGGGGUCAAAUCAGGUUCUGCCUACAAAGUGCUUGAAGAGAAGUAUACUGUGAGAUGGUACUUUGGUUGUAAAUUCGGCCUCAUGAUAAUAAUGUCAUUGAAUACUAGAGCUCAACUUUGAUCCUUUGGACUACAGAAGAUAUUUGGCAUUUCAUCUGCUGACAUCUAGUGGAGCAAAUUUGAGAAAGCUUGAUGGGUUCCAGAUUCCCAUCGCAUCAGCUCAGCAAUGGCCUGUAUGUUUCAGGCCGGCCAGAGCAACCCAAGGAGAAGCCUCCAACAAUGAGCUCUACAGCCAUGCCAUACACAGGUGGAGAUAUUAAAAAGUCUGGAGAGCUUGGAAAGAUGUUUGAUCUUCAUGUGGAGAAGUCAAGAAAAUCUGGGCCACUUAAUAAUGCUCCUUCAAGGAAUACAUCAUUUGGUGGUGCAGCUUCACACUCAGGACCUAUCAUGCCUAAUGCUCCUGGUCGCUCUAGCUACUCCUCUGGUACUCUUUCAUCUGCAGUCCCGGUCACUGGAGGCUCAAACAGACAAAAAUCCAAUUCUGGACCACUUAACAGACAUGGAGAUCCCAUUAAGAAGUCAUCUGGUCCUCAGUCUGGAGGGGUCACCCCGAUGGCUCGCCAAAAUUCUGGCCCCCUUCCACCAAUUCUUCCUGCUACGGGGCUAAUCACAUCUGGACCAAUUUCUUCAGGGCCACUCAAUUCAUCUGGCGCCCCUCGAAAAGUAUCUGGUCCUCUGGAUGCUACUGGGUCAAUGAAGUUACAUAGCAUCUCCAUUGCUCAUAACCAGGCUGUCACCAAUCUCAGCCAGGAGGUCGAAACUUCAUUCAAGGGGAGCUUGCCCAAGCCAAUAUUGUGGUCUGUUGUUCUGCUGUUUGUGAUGGGGUUUAUUGCAGGUGGUUUCAUUCUUGGUGCUGUUCACAAUGCCAUUCUCCUCAUCGUUGUUGUGGUUAUAUUUGGUGCGGUUGCUGCUCUUUUCAUUUGGAAUCGGUGUUGGGGAAGGAGAGCAAUCAUUGGAUUCAUUGGCCGCUAUCCUGAUGCUGAACUUAGAACUGCAAAAGAUGGUCAAUAUGUUAAAGUCUCUGGGGUUGUUACAUGCGGAAAUGUCCCCCUGGAGUCAUCAUUUCAGAAGGUUCCUAGAUGUGUGUAUACAUCUACUAGUUUAUAUGAAUACAGGGGUUGGGACUCGAAGGCUGCCAAUUCCAGGCACCGACGUUUUACCUGGGGACUGAGGUCAUUGGAGAGGCAUGUGGUUGACUUUUACAUAUCUGAUUUUCAAUCCGGAUUAAGAGCCUUGGUCAAGACAGGCUAUGGUGCAAGGCUUGCCCCAUAUGUGGAUGAGUCCGUUGUUGUUGACAUCAACCCAAACAACAAAGAUUUGUCUCCUGAAUUCCUCAGGUGGUUGCGGGAGAGGAACCUUUCAAGUGAUGAUCGUGUAAUGCGCCUGAAAGAAGGGUACAUCAAAGAGGGCAGCACUGUUAGCGUAAUGGGGGUUGUCCAAAGGAAUGACAACGUGCUUAUGAUAGUUCCUCCCUCGGAGCCCUUUUCCACGGGAUGCCAGUGGGCGAAGUGUAUACUCCCAGCAAGCCUUGAUGGAAUAGUUUUGAGAUGUGAGGACACUUCAAAGAUCGAUGUCAUCCCAGUUUAGUGGAUACAGCAGUUGGGUUCACAUUGUGGGGUAGUUAUGUAUGUCAACUCCAGUAUUUGUUUGUUGGCUGUUGGCAUUGGCAGUGUCUGAAAUGAUGAUGGUGAUCUAUCAUGGAUUAAGAUGGAGGUGCUGUUUUCCUUGUGUUCGAUUGUAUAGCUUUUAUGUGUUUUCCACCUUUUUGUUUGUUAAGCUUGAAUACUUUUGUAACAAGGUUGGUUUGGUCAGUAUAAUAGAGGGGAUCUUUGUUGUGUUGGAAGAGAAGGAUAAAGUGGCAUUUGGUUUA